AUGACUUCUGAAGAAGCGCAAAAGGAGUUUUUAGAAUAUGAUUGGUCUAAGAGUACAUUAUGGCAACAAUAUUAUAAUAAUCUUUACCCGACACCAUCAGCAUCUCAAUUAACCACUUUUAAGAGAAAAUGGUUUAAGAAGAAUGUAAAUCCUAACCUUGAAAUACAAAUUAAAGAAAGCUAUAACAGUUACCAACAAGAAAGUAAAUGUUCAAGCUUUAACUUCCAACCUGAAAGUACCAGAUCCAAACUUUUACUUUCUGAAGGAUACAAGCAGUGGAUGAUAUUUGCACUUUCCAUUUCGCUCUUGCUUUCAUCUAUUAUUCCAAUUCUAAAUUUUCUACCAAUUAUUCGCGGAUCUAAACUUGUGCGUAUGCUUGUGCAACUAUGUUCUUUAUUAUACAUUUUUGGCCUUGGAACACACUUAUAUGAUAUUUCAACUAAACCUAUUAAACUCUUAUCAAUUGAAUUUUGGCAAAAGAUUCUUAUUGAAGAAUCAUUUUAUUCAUUAAUUUCCAUUGUUGCAUAUUUUGGUUUAAUAUAUUCAUUUCCUAUGAUAUUUUUUAUUCCAGCAAUUACUUCAUUAUUCAUUAUAUCAAAGUACCAACCGGUAUUGAAUAAUGAACAGAUCAUUAAUGUUUUCAACCUUGCGAAUCAAAACAAGAACAGUUUAUAUCAAAGAAGAGCAUUUUUCGAGGUAUUUGCAUUAGGAAUUUAUAUUUUGUUUGCAGUAUUUACAAGGAGAAUCAGUAUAAUUUACAUUUCGCUGUAUUGGAGUUUAACAAGAGUGAAAUAUCCUAUUGAUCCUUAUGUUCAAUACGCAUUUAGAAUUGCUCACUCUCAAAUCGAUGGUUUUUUUAAGUCCUAUUCCAACUAUAUCCCAGGAUUUAUACCUAGAUCAUACAAUUGGCUAGUUUUGUUGGGGGAUGCUUCAGUUGGAAAAUCAUGUUUAGUUGUUAGGUUCUCAAAAGACGAAUUUCAUGAAUAUCAAGAACCGACUAUUGGGGCCGCAUUCAUGACUCAAUCAGUAAAUGUUGAUGAUGAUUAUACUGUUAAGUUCGAAAUUUGGGAUACGGCGGGACAAGAGAGAUACAGAAGCCUCGCCCCUAUGUAUUAUAGAGGAGCAGCUGCAGCGAUCGUGGUCUACGACAUUACUAACGCAGAAACAUUUCAGGGGGCAAAGUCGUGGAUAUCAGAACUACAAAACAUUAACAAUAAUGAGAUCGUUGUUGCUUUAGUUGGGAAUAAGUAUGAUUUAGAAAGUAAUCGGACUGUAGAUUCCGAAACAGCACGUAAUUAUGCCAAAGAAAAAGGAAUACUGAAUUUCGAAACAUCGGCGAAAACUGGAUAUAAUGUCCAGGCACUAUUUGAGGAAAUUGCAAGAAAACUUCCAAACACUAAAAAGUUAGAUUGCAGUAACAUAAGUGCUGAAAGCAAUGGUAACUCUGGAGGAUUUCAAUUGUUUAGGUCAGAUAGAAAUGGAAGAGGAAAUUGCUUUUCAAGUAGUUGCUCUUCAAACUAA